AACGCUAGCCACUUCCACCUGCGGCGCUCACUCGCCAAGCCUCUCGCAACCUUAGCUACAGUCCUACAGAAACAAAAGGAGAGCGCGAUCAAGAAACGGGCGUUGCGCGACAUCGGCGCGGGUCGGCGCAGAUGGGCAACUGCCAGGCGGCGGAGGUGGCGACGGUGGUCAUCCAGCACCCGGGCGGCGGCCGCACGGAGCGCGCGUACUGGGCGAUGUCCGCGGGCGCCGUCAUGGCGGCCAACCCGGGACACUACGUCGCCGCCGUGAUCACCUCGCCUCCCGCCGCCGGCGCCUCCUCGGCCACCCCCGCCGCCGCGCCCGUCAAGCACCUCAAGCUGCUCCGCCCCGACGACACGCUCCUGCUCGGCCGCGUCUACCGCCUCGUCAGCUUCGAAGAGGUGCUGAGAGAGUUCGCGUCGAAGCGGCAUGUCAAGCUAAGCCGUGCCACGAUCAAGGCCAAGGAUGACGUGGAGGAGGAGACGAAGCCCGCCAAGCCUCGCCGCCGGCGAGGCAGCGGCGGCAUCGCGCCAGAGGAGGAGUACUCCAGCCGGUCACUCGCAAAGGUCAUGCGCCAGAGUGACGAGCCGGAGCCCGUGGCGAGGGCGAGCCCGUCCGCCGCGCCGAAGCCGGAGAGCGACAUUGAUGACCACGCCGACGGCGAGGCGGCCGAGCCGGACUGCGACCUGGAGGCGCUGCUGCCGCCGCACGGGGUGGUGUUCGGCCGGCGAGUCGCCCGGCAAUGGAGACCGGCGCUGCAGAGCAUUGCGGAAGGGUGAGGCCGACCCACUGGCUCAGGCUGGCCGACGGCGAGCCGGCUGCAAGACUUCGUCGUCGACUCGUCGUUUCCGAGCACACAGCGUAGUACUGCAGUUGUAGAAAGUGAAGUAGUGACAAGUCUCACUGGACGUGUAGCGUGACAAGUCAUGUAGAAUAAAGCUACGAGUACCUUGUGGAUAUAUCCAGCUGAUGCAUGUACGUAUACUAUGGAUUGAUGAUGGGUGUAACGUGACGGAUCGUAUACUCCAUUUAGUUUGCACCUAA